AUGGAGGGCGGAGGGCUGUCGGACGAGGCGGCGUCCGCUGCCUGCAGCGAAGGAGACCCCAUCACCCAGGACUACAUGAUGCAACAGACGAUGCUGAGGGUCAAGGAUCCGGCGAGAUCUCUGGACUUCUACACCCGAAUCCUGGGCAUGACGUUGUUGCAGAAAAUCGACUUCCCUUCCGUGCGUUUCAGCCUCUACUUCCUGGGCUACGAGGCCAAGUUGGACGUCCCAGCCGACAUCAGAGAGAGGACGGCGUGGACUUUCUCUCGCCCGGGCACCGUAGAGCUCACACACAACUGGGGCUCAGAGUCAGAUGAGACUCUGUCGUACCACAACGGGAACAACGAACCGCGAGGAUUUGGUCAUAUUGGCAUUGCUGUUCCUGAUGUUUACUCUGCCUGCAAACUAUUUGAAGAGCAAGGAGUGACGUUUGUCAAGAAACCAGACUCCGGUAGAAUGAAGGAUCUGGCCUUCAUUCAGGAUCCUGACGGCUACUGGAUUGAGAUCUUGAACCCGAACAGCAUGGUCCCCUUGCUGUCACCUUAAAGAAGGGACACACCGGGAAGUGCUCGGGUCAUUACGGCUGGACACCACGGUGGAAACAGAACCGGACUUUUCUUCUAUGUCGCAGUCCAGCUCCUGAUACACGUUUUGUUUUCUUGUUACGUUGCUCAUCUGGAUUUGAACAUCUGUGCACUGGUUGCUUCUUCUGUCUGAAAAAAGAAAGUUUGCUUUGAAUCUACUGACCGUCUGUCGCAGUGUUGGAGAGAGUGCCAGUCACAAACCCCUUAAACAACUGCUCCCUGUUACCUCUGUCCACGGGGGGGCGGUAACUAAAAGCCCCUUCGGUGGAGUUAUAGUGAAAUCCCGGGAAUUGUAAGAGCAGCGGGGCCAAAAGUCACUUCAAUAAUCUGGGGCCAGGCCGUUUGAUGCCGUGUUACGCCCAUGCUGCGGGGCUAAAAUCAAUGGACGACAUGUCCAGAGAGGAUU